CUGUCCAUCACCUGAACACACAGGUGGACCAACACAACCCGGGUCAGCAGUUCAGUUCCUCAAUAUUUUUUUUUGAGACUACCUGGACUGGAAUAUAUCUGAAGAAGACUAGUUUGGAAUCUAAAAUUAGUGUUAAAACAAGCACAAAUGUAGGCUAAUACUGAUCUGAAUUCAGACGGGAUUGCUCCGGUAACAUUACGCAGUGACACCGGGAAGUCAGUUUGCGAAAGAUCAGAAUCGGUAGAAGAAAAAACAAAGUUCACACGCAAGCGCUACGAUGGCGUCCAGCGGCAAUGCUGUUUCCAGUCCUAUGGUGAUAUUGGCUCCAAAAACUAAAACCAAAAAGAAACAUUUUGUGCAGCAAAAGGUGAAGGUCUUUCGUGCCAGUGGCCCAGUCUUGAGCGUAUUUAUGUGGGGUGUAAAUCAUUCGAUUAAUGACCUAAACCAAGUGCCUGUUCCUGUCAUGCUGCUGCCUGACGACUUCAGAGCAAACACUAAGAUCAAAGUCAACAAUCACCUCUUCAACAAAGAGAAUCUACCUGGACAUUUUAAGUUUAAAGAAUACUGUCCCCAAGUAUUCCGCAAUCUUCGGGAGCGCUUCGGAAUUGAGGAUCUCGACUACCAGGUGUCGUUGACCCGCAGCCCUCCUGUAAGAGGUGGGGACACCCAGGGGGAGGGGAUCCUCCUGACCUCCUACGACCGCACGCUGGUCAUAAAGCAGAUCUCUAGUGAGGACGUGGCAGACAUGCACAGCAUCCUGUCUGAAUACCACCAGCACAUAGUGAAGUGCCACGGCAGCACUCUGCUGCCCCAGUUCUUGGGGAUGUACCGCGUGGGUGUGGAGAAUGAGGAGACCUACCUGAUCGUCAUGAGGAACAUGUUCAGUCACAGACUGGUGGUGCACAGGAAGUAUGACCUUAAGGGCUCUCUGGUGUCUCGUGAAGCAAGUGACAAAGAGCGGGUAAAAGAGCUCCCCACCUACAAGGACAUGGACUUCAGAAACAACAUGCAGAAGGUGUAUGUGAACGAGGAGCAGAAGGAGAAGGUCAUGGAGAAACUCAACAGAGAUGUGGAGUUUCUGGUCAAGCUAAAGAUCAUGGACUACAGCCUGCUGUUGGGUAUUCACGACGUGGGGCGGGCUGAGAGGGAGGAGGAAGAAGGAGAGGAGCCGUCCAAUGAGGAAGAGGGGGAGCCUGAGAACGGCCUGGCGCAGGCCCCUAACGUGGGCUCCUACGGUACGUCUCCUGAGGGCAUCGCUGGCUACAUGGCCUCCUGCAAGCCCCUGGAGCCCGGGGAAUUUGACCCCUACGUGGAUGUGUACGCCAUGAGGAGUGCCCCUGGAGCCCCUCAGAGGGAGGUGUACUUCAUGGGUCUGAUAGACGUUCUGACACAGUACGACACCAAGAAGAAAGCCGCUCACGCAGCCAAAACUGUCAAGCAUGGGGCUGGUGCUGAAAUCUCCACUGUCCACCCAGAACAGUAUGCCAAGCGAUUUCGUGAUUUCAUCUCCAACAUCUUUGCAUAGCAGGACGUUUAUAACCACCACUGCUACUUCCCAUUUAGAUUUGAAUCUUUUUUUUAAAACUUUUGUUCUGCUACACAUUUAUAUCAUGAAACAUUGCCCCCAAAAAUGUACACACACAGAUUAUUUUAGUCUGAUCUCACACCAGACUAUUUCCAUUGUUGUAAUGUAUUGCUGACUGAUAUUUAUGAGAAGAAUGUGAUAAGCACUCGGACUGACUUUGGAGCCAAGGGUACUUAAGCUAAUACUGCUGCUUGUCCUAGAGAUGUUACACUGAAAAGGAUUGAUUAGACUUAAUGGGACACCUGAGAUUGAUACAUUGACUGCUUUUUGUUGUUGUUUGAAUCCCCGAUUGACCCUUUAACCCAGUCAGUUGAAAUCCUGGGUCAUGUCCAUAUUAAGCACCAGACCGGGGGAAAGGUUUGAAACAGAGCACUUUGUCUCAAAGGGAAAGCCUUGUGGGAUUUGACAUGAACGUCCCUCAUCAUCUCACUUUGGAUCCUAUACUGAGUCUGUGUUUCCCCUAGAAUUUCAGCAGUGGGGGGGGGGGGGGGGGCAAGGGUAGCUGGGGUGACGGGACAUUCUAGCUGUUCCCAUAGACUUCUAGUUAUUGAGCCAAUGACUUCUCUAUUUAAAAGUGCUUCUGCAGAAAUUAUAUAUAAAUGUUGCAGCGGUGGUUCCCUGCUGCUGAAUGAAUAUAGUGGAAACAUUGAGCAUUUCGCUAUCAUGAUUGGACUUGGGACCAGAACCAAUUGUUGGACUGAGUGUUAUUUUGAACAUAUUGAUUGCUGCACUUUUUUUUGCUCAUCAAACAGCGUUUUGAAAAGAAGCACUUCUCAAGAAUGAUGGUGAAUAAAAGUAGCUUGAGUGCCAGUCUGUCUGUGCUACCAUACCGACUGCCUUUCACACAUUGUCAUGGCAAACAUGUUUUGUCUUGACAGUGACAGCAAUGGAGUUGGCAAGAUCGCAAACAGAUCUAGGACCAGACUAGAAUUUAAGAUCAGUAGAGAUUGAUGGUCUGUGCUUGUUCAAAUUUGACUACUACUACUAUUAGAUACUCCAUUGAAGAACCAGCUUGGUAUUAUGUGUUACUUGUAGAAUAUAGCACUACAUUUCAGCUGCUUUAUGCAAUUCGAUAGCCUUAAAUGUGUGAUCUCGAGUUUUCUACUAUAGAAGUUGAAUACACUGUUAGGGCUGAAGAGGUGCAGUAGGAAUAUGUGAUGCAUUGUGAUUGCACAGCCUAUAUUUUUGCUAAUCGUCUUUUGGACCAAAAUAUAUUUUACAAAAGAUUUUCUGAAACGUGUUGGAAUAUUUUUGUAUAUAUUUUACAUUAAAAUGUAGACCUUG